CAACAAUUCGUGAAUCGAAAAUCUUUAAAAGAUAUCACGAACUUUACCGUCUAUAAAAGAGUCAAUUCGUCACUCGGCCCACGAAGGAAGUUGUCAACAAUGUCGGCGCCGUGCAGAUAUGCAGCUCGAAGCUGCGCGCGAUCAAUUCGCCCCAGCACUUCUCUCCGAGCUUCAUCUUCCUUCAUGCAGACCACAACCCCCACGAUACAGCGACGGCACGAGACAACGGCAGCCCCUACGAACCCUAAGAUCUCCGGUAUCGUCGACCAAAUCAGCCAAUUGACUCUUCUUGAGACCGCCGACUUGGUUUCCAGCUUAAAGUCGCGACUCAAUAUUCCCGAUCUACCUGUUGGAGGAUUUGCCGCUGCGCCAGCUGCCGCCCCCGCCGCAGCGGAAGAGGCCGACGAACCUGCUCCGGCUGCCCAGGAGAAGACUCUAUUCAGCGUGAAGCUACAAUCCUUCGACGCGGCCGCGAAGGCGAAGAUCAUCAAGGAGGUCAAGGGCUUGUUAGGGUUGAGUUUGGUCGACAGCAAGAAGUUUGUGGAGAGUGCGCCCAAGAUGAUGAAGGACGCAGUACCGAAGGAAGAGGCCGAGAAGAUCGUAGCUACUAUGAAGGAACUAGGAGCCGUUGUCGUUAUGGACUAAUCGAUCUACCCUCGAAAAGAAAGAACUUAAACGACCAUGUGUAUACAUAUGAAAUAUACUGUAUAACAAUACGAAGACUCUGGGUAGUGCUAGGAACGUUGGUCUCAAGCGAAAGCCAUCAAUUCCAGUCGUCCCUAUAUACUCCAGCUUUAUGUAUAAGGCCUAUCGAAUG